UGAGCGGGCGGAGGGAUGGGGCGAAUGCUGAAGCAGCACGGGAAGACUCCAAAGGCCUGUUGCACUGCGCAGUGUCCCUCAGGGGCCAGCAGACGCCUCCUCGGCUGCUGGUGUGAAUUUUGAUUUCAACAGGACACCAACAAUCCAGACUUCUUCCCCUGCACAGGGUUUGGCCCCGGGGUUUCAAGGGAAAGACCCGGGCCGGGCUGUCGCGGUGUGGGGGGGCUCCAGCCGCGGCCCUGCCUGGCUGGGGUGUUCCCGCCAGCCCGUGUCAGCCCCCGGCCCCCCUGCCUGGGGCCCUCCUGCCCUGUGCUCUAGGGCUGCUGAACGGACAAGUCAACGUAUCUGUACUUCUUUCGACAAAGCAACCACAGGGCUACAACCAAAAAUGGAAAAUCAAAAGAUGCAGAAAAAACAGUGUGAUAUGAAAACAGAUCUGAACUUGCUGCUUGAAUGCCUUAAAUAUCAGAUGGAUUGUCCUGUAUCUCAGAAAGAGGCUUUGAUCACUAUUUAUUCAAUUUGUCAACAAAACAGUGAAGCGAGCGAAUAUUUUAGAGAAAUUGGUGGUUUGAUGUUUAUAAAUGAUCUUGCAAAGUCAAGUGUUCAUUGCAUAGUAAAGGAAGCAGCUUUAUUCACAUUAGGAUUUAUUAUAGAGAGUAAUGUUUAUUGUCAACAAACUUUGUGUACUUCUGCAUUGUUUGAAGACCUCAUUUUAUUUUUAAUGAAUAAGGAUUCCAGUGUGAACUUGAAAAGAAUGUCUGUUUAUGUCAUCUUAGUACUGGUUUCAAAUAAUAAAAGUGGUCAAACCUAUGUCAGAGAUACAGGCUGCAUUAGUCUUCUGCUGCAGUUAUUCAGAACAACUCUCUCCUCAUCCGAGAUGAAUCUGUCAGAUGAAAAUACUAAUCAGUGCUAUCAGCUUUGGUCUUCGGUCUGUAGUACUCUCUGUGCCUGUGUUAACAAUCCUCAGAAUGAAGAUAAUCAAAACAUUUGUUGUUCAGUCUUUCCCUAUGCCAAAGAGUGGCUUGAAAUUUGCACAGAGCCUGAGAUAGUUCGUCCAAUUUGUUCAUUUGUUGGUCUCACAGUUGCAAAUAACUCAUACGUGCAGAAAUAUUUUGUUUCUGUUGGAGGACUGGAUAUGUUGGCUAAAGUUCUCAUCAAGCUGAUGCAUGAUUCCUGUAUGAGUCAGUCAAGCACAAAACUAGCAGUAGUAGUAACGAAGACUCUGGAUGCCUGCAUUGCUAAUGACUCUGCUAUGGGUGUUGUCUUGACAAAGUAUCACACUGUGUCAGAGCUGCUGAAGCUGCUGUCCAAUGACACUCUUGAUACAGGAGAAAAAAUUAGUAUUCUUCUAACAAUCGGACACUGUACUGAAGUUUGUGAAGAAAAUCAGUGUGAACUGCUCCAGAACAAUGGUCUCCCACUUAUGAUUCAGGUAUUAACGGAGUCUCAGGAUGAGGAACUAAACAAAGCUGCUACUUUUGUGCUGCAAAACUGCAAACAAAUGACUGAGCAAUUGUCUCUGAAAAUAAAUGACAAUUCAUUAAAUGUGAACAAUGCUGAAGAGUUGGACUUGCAAGUCAGAAAAAGAAGUCUACAGGACUACUGGAAAAAAGCAAAAGAAAUUUUACACCGAAUAAAGUUGAUUGAAAAAGAACACGAUGAGGAAGGAAGGCAAGUAAGAGUAUUCAUAGAGGGAUCUUCAGAAGCCAAUACUGAAGCAUCAAAAUACCAUGAAGUGAAUCCUGGUGAUUCAAAUGCUUUAAUAGAAAGAACACAUGAAGUAGAACAUUGUCCACAGCUGACCUCCAAGUUAGAUGAUCAGGUUCUCAUUCCAUCUGUAAAUUAUUCUGCACUUAAAAGUGAAAUAAUGAACGCUGUGGAGCCAAUAAAUGCUUCUACUAGACAAAGCAAACAGAGUAAUAUUCCAUGUUCUGUGGAAGAACUGCAAACCCCUCAUGUACUUCAAAGUCCUGGUAUGAAUGAAAAAACUGCUUGUGUAAAAAAUAAUUCUGUUCUUCAAGUAAGUGAACGUUUUUUUAAAAAACCAGUGGAGGUUCUUAAAAAUAUGAAACAGACAUGCACAUCAGAUCAACAUUCAUUCUUCUCAGAGAUAACCGGGGAAGAAAAAAGUGCUUCAACUACAUCUGCAUCCCAUAAAGUAGCAGAUUUAAGGUGUUUAGGUUGUACAGCAGGAGGACUGUCCUUCAAUAGUAGAAACUUUACCAGGAUGUUGCAAAGCUGUCCCUACCAGUGUGACCAUCACAAAGUAAUUCUGGAAGCUGAAGAAAGAUAUAAAAAGGAACUUCGCAAACUGGCUGUUGAUAACAACAGUAGAUAUGCAGCUCAUGAAAAAGUACUGCUGACCCCAGUGAGGAAAGAAAGACUGCAUACAGAUACAUCAGCUUUUAGGAGCAAAAAGGAUAGUUUCCAAAGUAUUAUUUUGACUCCAAUUAGAAAAAACAAAUCCAGUAUUUCAAGAAGAGAUGAACACAGCAAAAAUACUAGGUUGACUGAUGACUAUAACUUGAUACCUACAUAUGACAAGUCUUUCCAAAAAACCCAAGAUGCUAACUUGAAGAGACAAAGAGUCAAAGAAAUGUGUGACCAGCAACAUCAGCACUUAAAAGAGAAUUGCAAAUAUCCACUUGACAAAGAUGAGAGCAAUGAAAUAUGCUCCCUGGAGAAGGACACAAGAACUUUAACCAAGAAAAGAAGAACCCGAAAAGAUUUCUCAGCUGAAGAAAUUAACUGUCUUUUGAGUGGAGUAAAAAAAAUGGGUAAUCACUGGAAUUUAAUUUUGUGGUCUUACCCAUUUCAGAAAGGACGGACAAGUGUUGAUCUUUCCAAGAAAUACUACAGAUUACAGUUGCAAAAGCAAGAAAAAAAUAAGUAUCAUCCAUAAGAUCCUUCAAGAGUAUUUUGUUGCAGAAUGUUGAACAGCACUUUUUACAGUGAGUUAUUGUCACAAAAAUAAAAGCCCCUGGAGAAUGCAGAUUGGCUUGGACUCUUUCAGUGGUAACAUUCCCUGAGAGAACUGUUAUGCUUUGUCAAUUUAAAUUUAAAUUUAAUUGUAAAUUUAAAUUACAUGCAAUUAAAUAAGUUUGUUUUGUGGUUUAUUUUUUUUAAUAAUGCUAACAGUAGUAACAAAAUAUCAGUAAAAUUUAUGGAGGCUUUUAAUUUAACCUUUUUGAACAUUUGACAUAUAACAUUUGAUUUGGCUUUUUGUUUUAAUCUUUUUCUUGUUUGCUUUAUGCCAUUUGUAAGAAGAGGCUGUUUUGCUGAAAUGAAUAUUUUAUGUCAGAAACUGAUAAGUGUUAAUGUUACAUCAAAACUUGUUUCCUCUUAAUCAGUGAAAUGUUUAAAGCAGGUAAAAUAUUUUGUCAUGUUCAUUGUGCUGUAUGUGCCGAAAAAUAUAUCUCUGACAGAAAAUACCAAAUGUGUAUUAUUCAAGUAAUGGAGCAGAAUCACUGUUUCUGCUGAUUAGGUAAUUUUUAUUAAAAGCCAUAGUAACUUGAUUUUUUCAAUGGUA